UGCAGUCCGAUAAGCAAAACAAACCCAAGGCAAUAACAAUAAUACGUACAUAUAUUUGUUAUUCGCUCGGUUUAUAAAUUAAAAAGUCAUGAAUCUUAAGUACAAGCGACGGUACGAGAGCCUAAAACGCUCCGUCAAGAGUUAUCUGCUGGAGAACGCUUCCCUCACCGACGAGAUCUGCCGCCUCCAGGCCGAGUUAUCUGUCACCCGAUCCCAGAGGCUAUACUUGAUCGAGCGGCUUAUGUUCCAUGAAGGUCUGGAAAAGUCGAGUAAUGGACGAGCCAGUGUCUCGAACGGAAAAGUCGAACCUUCUGAAUCCCCCCUUGGAGGAGUGAAGAAAAACAAACCAGUUGCUGUGCAUAAAAAGCCGAACGAGGAGAAACCGAAAAAUGUCACUAUUGUACGCAAAAAGAAGCCCAUGUUCCCGAUGAACUUGAAUAAUGUGUUACUGCACUCACUGGGCGAGAUCAUAUCAGUGAAUCAGAAUUUCCACACCGAGAGCUGGAUAUAUCCAGUGGGCUAUGUGGCCACACGAAUUUACGCCCAUCCCAAGGACCCGCGCAAGAAGUGCGUAUUCACUUGCAAAAUUUUGAAUAACGCCGGGAUUCCCCAAUUUCAAAUAAUCCCUGACAACGAUUUGGACGGAGUCUUCUUUGGAGAAAGCGCCAAUACGUGUCACAUGGAACUGUUGAACUCUAUUCAGCGGUCUCCCAGCGUAAAAGUAAAAAUACCCUUUGAUGUGCAGGGCGAGGUGUUCUUUGGCCUGUCUAAUCAAAAGACACAAUCGCUUCUGAUGAUGGAUCCUGGUUUCCAGCAUUGCACGAAUUUUAAAGGAUUCGCUGUGCAGAAUGUUCAAUCGUUGAAUAGCGCUUCGUUAUCAUUCGAGACGCUACAAGGAUUUCUAUCUUGAUAGGAUAUUUUAGUUUGCUUUUACUAUAAGAUUUUCUUAAAUAUACAUAAUUUGAUAGAAAUAAGA